UGCUGACAUUCCUUUGCUCAAGAAUCUUUGUCAACAAAAGGAUGUAGCCCGAGUGGUUUCAGAAACAUGGAAUUCCUACUUGAGGAUGAAACUGGUGACUGUCAUGCAUGUCUUUAUGUAUUAUAAUGCUCAGGAUUCAGUUCGUAGAGCUUCAUGGUGAUCGAGCUGGAUACGAUGAUCCUGCUGUGUCACCCGUAAAUGGCAGAAGCUACAUGUUCGUGGGCCAUCAGAAGGGAAGGAACACGAAAGAGAAUAUUCAGCGCAACUACCCCUCAUGGGCUGCUGAGAAGCUAAAGAUAACAGCAACAGAGUUGACAAAGCUGCAUAUUGGUGAUGGCAUCAUACCUACUAAAGUCAUAAACCAGCUCAGGGAGCCAAGGUCUGGUUCGAUGUCAAGGAAUCGUCGGUGGAAUCCUCUGGCGGCACGAUCACGCUCUUGGCCACCAGACAAGCACACAUUUCAGCCCGCCAGUUUGAAUAGGGAGGAUCAUUGCAUUCGGUACCAAUUUAGAGAAGCAAUAACAAAGUAUCGAGGAGCAUGAAUGUUGAGUUGUGUUGUUCUAAUAUAGUACAAACUAACAUCUAGUUUUAGCUUACCUUGAGCAGGAAAUUCGUAAAUUUAGAAUUAGUUGAUAGCUUUUGUUUGAUAGUUAGUGAAGUCUGUAUUAACUCUAAUAAUUCUAGCUUGUUGCUAACAUCCACAAUAGAAUUAGAAGGGAUUUCUAUUUUAUCUACUUAGUAAGAGGGAUUUUUGUUAGGUA